AUGAGCGACGCUAACAUCACUACCCGUCGCGCGUAUCGCCGAACAGACGACUACACGCCCGGCACGCCAAAGAUCGAAAUCGUCACCGAGCCUCUGCCUGUCCCACUCUCCGCCACAAAAGUCCUCAUCAAAGUCCACGCUGUCGCUCUAAACUACAGAGAUGCCAACAUUUCCAACGGGGGGAACCCGUGGCCCGUGACGCCACACGGGAUCAUUGGCAACGAUGCUGCCGGAGAAGUCAUUGCCGUGGGCGAGCAGGUGAAGACUCUCAAGAUCGGCGACAGAGUUGCGCCCAAUAUUGAUACCGAGAAUAUCACGGGUCGGGAAACUACCCGAUCUUGGUUGGCUGCAGAUGAAGAUGGGGUGUUGGCGGAUUAUUUGGUUUACGAUGAAAGGGUCCUGGGUAAACUCCCGACUUAUUUGGAUUGGGUACAAGCUAGUAUCAUGCCAUGUGCUGGCGUUACUGCUUGGUCAGCGUUGAAAGGCGCUGAGGUUGGCCAAAGCGUGUUGAUCCAAGGCACUGGUGGCGUCGCCAUGUUUGCUCUUAAGAUUGCUAAAGCAGCAGGUUUGAAAGUGAUUCUUAGCUCGUCCAGCGACGAAAAACUUAAGAGCGUUUGCGAGCAGUUCCCAGAGCCGCCGGUGCUGACUGUCAACUAUGCCCAAAACACGAAUUGGCACGAAGAUGUUCUUAAGCAUACUAAUGGCGUUGGCGUCGACAUCGUUGUUGAGAUUGGCGGCCCCGGUACGUUGUUGAAGAGUAUGAAAUGUACACGAAGGGGUGGUAUUGUCAGUCAAGUUGGGUAUCUUGAUCGGAAGAAGUUCGACGAUGCGCUAGAGAUCCUGCCAAUGUUGAUUGAUAGGAGGAUUAUCCUUAGAGGUAUCAAUGGGGGAUCAAAAACAGAUAUGGAUGAUCUCAGUACCGCUCUGACGGCUACGAGAAUCAAAUUUGACGAUAUCAUAGAUUCAACCUGGACAUUUGACAAGGCUGAUGAAGCACUUCAAUAUCUUUGGGAAGGCAAGCAAGUUGGAAAGGUUGUAAUUAAGAUAUAG